AUGGCCAGCUUCAUGUCCAACUUCUUCCCUGGCAAGGACAGGCCAACCGCCACGUCUGCCCGACCAGGCACGCCCAAUCGACCCAACAGCUUUGUCGAGCCCACGAGCACGCCUCAGGGCAGCCCCAGCAAGAAGACCGUCCCGCCAGGUGCCCACGAUCUCUCCACAACCUUUGACCAUGCGAUGAACCUCAAGGCCAGCGCCAUCGAGGCGCCAGUCAAGCUCACCCGACCGCAGAGCGUCGUAACAACACCUCUUUCGGUGGGUCAGAGCAAAGCACAGCCUUUGGAUGAGAACAGCAUCAACGUCGACGAGAGUGUCAUCCACAAUGGCCCCUCGCCGGGCAGUCCCCUCAAGCAAGGUCAGGAGAACACGCCGCCCACUACACGCGCGCCUGUGCAGCACAGCCACGCGGCCCUGUCGCGCCAGCAACACUACGAGCCACGCGAGCGGGCCGUAGCCACCAAGAGAUUCAAUACCUCAAGAGGUCUCACGGCGGAGGAGCGCGAGAUCCUCCAGAAACCAGGCGUCAAGCGCAUGGUCAACGUGACGCAGCUCUACUUUCUCGACUACUACUUCGACCUCCUCACCUACGUUGGCGGGCGCCAGAACCGCCUCAAUGCCUUCAAGGAAGAAUACCCACCGCCACCCGAGACGAACGAAGCCGACUUCAAUCAGGUGUGGAGGCAAUACACGGGCCGCGAACGAGCCAACCUGCGCAAGAGGCGCGUCCGCCUCCGCCAAGGCGAUUUUCAGAUCCUCACCCAGGUCGGCCAGGGCGGCUACGGCCAGGUGUUCCUGGCACAGAAAAAGGACACGCGCGAGGUGUGUGCCCUCAAGGUCAUGAGCAAGAAGCUGCUCUUCAAGCUCGACGAGGUCCGCCACGUUCUGACGGAGCGCGACAUUCUCACCACGGCCCAGAGCGACUGGCUGGUCCGGCUGCUGUACUCUUUCCAGGACGACAGGAGUAUCUAUCUUGCCAUGGAAUACGUGCCUGGCGGCGACUUUCGUACUCUGCUUAACAACACAGGCGUGCUAUCCAACCGCCACGCCCGCUUUUACAUCGCCGAGAUGUUCUGCUGCGUCAAUGCGCUGCAUGAACUGGGCUACAUCCAUCGUGACCUGAAGCCGGAGAAUUUCUUGGUUGAUUCCACCGGCCACGUCAAACUGACCGACUUUGGCCUGGCGGCCGGUGUGCUCGCCCCCUCCAAGAUCGAGUCGAUGCGCGUCAAGCUGGAGGAAGCCUCCGAGACCUCUGUCCCCUUUGGCAAGCCCAUGGCGCAGCGAACGGUCGCGGAGCGCCGUGAGAGCUACCGCAACAUGCGCGACAAUGACGUGAACUAUGCCAAGUCCAUUGUGGGCUCGCCCGACUACAUGGCACCGGAAGUCCUUAGAGGGGAGGAGUACGAUUACACGGUCGACUACUGGAGUCUGGGUUGCAUGUUGUUCGAAGCGCUCACGGGCUUCCCGCCCUUUGCGGGCGCCUCGCCCGACGAGACAUGGCGCAACUUGAAGCAUUGGAAGGACGUGCUCAAGCGUCCCGUCUGGGAGGAUCCCAACUACUUCCUCAGCAACCGCACCUGGAACUUUAUCACAACCGCCAUCAACUCCCGCCGGCAUCGCUUCAGCAAUAUCCAGGACAUUUACAACCAUCCGUACUUUGCCGAGGUGGACUGGAAGACCUUGCGUCAGACGCGCGCGCCGUUUGUGCCCGAGCUGGACUCGGAGACAGACGCGGGUUACUUUGACGACUUUUCCAACGAGGCUGAUAUGGCCAAGUACAAGGAGGUGCAUGACAAGCAGCAGGCCCUCGAGACCAUGGCCGAUCGCGAGGAGGAGAUGAGCAAGAGUCUCUUUGUCGGCUUCACGUUCCGCCAUCGCAAGCCGGCCACGGAAGAUGGAGGCAGCCCGCGCAAAAGGAUCCCCACCCUCCAGGAGGAGGACACAUUUGGCACGAUGCUGUGA